AUGACACAACUAGAUACUAUGACUGGGUUGGAUACAACUGGUUAUGACAUCAAGUGUGACAAUAACCACAAUAUAAUAACACCUAUUUCUCCUGAACCUAAAAAUUUAGAACUACAUUCAUCAUCAAACCCACAUUCACCUUUUUUAAACUAUCAAAAUGAACAUCCCCAUAAUAUAGUACCAUCUUAUGAAGAUGUCUUAUCUGGUAUAUCUCAAGCUCCAUAUUCAAGAGUUGCAUUUGCAAAUUUUUUGAAAAAAAUUCAUUCUUUAGAAAAUUUAGAAUUUUUAAUACAUUCAAAUUAUUACUUAUUAAUUCAAAAUGAUGAAAUACAAUCAAGAUCUAUAUGGGAUUUAUUAUACAAGAAUUACAUAUCAUUAGAAUCUCCAAAAGAAGUUAACAUCCCAUAUGAAUAUAAAGAUGAGUUGUUGAAUAUUUAUCAACAAGGUGCAUUACCAUCAUUUGAAUUGAUUUCAAAUACAAUGAUUAUUAUUAAAGAUUUAUUAAGAGAUGCUUAUCUACAGUUUAUUUCAAGUGUUAAAAGACAUAGCAGUAUAAAUGAGAAUUAUAAAUUUCAACAACAACAAAAUUAUAACCAUCAACAACAACAACAACAGCAUCAUCAACAACAAAAUCUUUUACCAACACCACAAUAUGAAGUUUCAGAUCCAGGAGUCGAAGUUUUCUCCCCUUUGGAUAAUACUAGAUCAGUUUCACCAUUAAGUUAUACCCAAGAUUCACCAAUAUCAAACAAUCAUAAUAAUAACAAUCUACCAAUUCCAAGAUCAACAGAUGGUAAAAGUGAUGAAAGUUUAAUAACCCAAGAUCAAUAUAUCGUUGAUGAAGAGUGUUGUUAUUCUUCAAAUAGUUUGGUUGGCACUACAACAACAACUGAUUAUAGUACUACUGAUUCUAAGAAAAGUAGUGUUUCAAGUGGGAAAAGCAUAAACAAGAAUAGUAUUAGUGAAGUUAGUAAAAAAAUUGCAGGGAAAUUUAAAUGGAGAAGGAUGUCUUCAAAUUCAAGUGGUUAA